AGAGGGCACUGAGGAUCGAGUUGGAAAUGAGCUUACUGAGUGCCUGGCUGCCUGCUGCCCUGCUGUUGGGCUCUGUACUCAGUGGCACCACUGACGUUUGGACCAUUCCCUACGCUGGUGAAGUGUCUGCGGUGGAAGGAGGCUCUGCGGUGUUGCCAUGUACUCUCAGAGACUUCACCCUCCCCUUCUCUGUGUCAUGGCUCAAAGGCGACCUGCGGGGUUACAAACCCGUGGCCAAUUGUACAUAUCCCAGUCCCCCCCGCUCCCAAUGCAACAACAUGAUUCAGGAAGGAGAAGGCAGCCGGAUCAUAUUCGCGGGGAACCUCAGCCAGGGGGACGCCUCGAUAAUGGUGCAGCGUCUGAAGCAGGCGGACAGCAGUCAUUAUCAGUGUCACAUUCUGGACAGCAGUGGGAUACUUGUAUCAGCGGACCAUACACACCUGAAGGUCAGAGCUUCUGAUGGAAAAGAUUCGGAGGUGACUGGAACUGAAGGAGCUUCGGCCACGUUACCCUGUGUGUUCACACGGCCUCCGCAGAGCCUCACCGCACACACGGUGACGUGGAUGAGGAAGAAUCCCUACCGACACAUCGUCACCUUCAGGCGUAUUCGAAAUGGAUCGUGGGUAGUGGAAAACGGAGUGACGCGGUACGAGCUCAUCGGGGACCCAGAGCGGGGAAGCGCCUGGACCAGGAUAAAGCAGCUGAGUGUGGAGGACAGUCACAGCUACCUGUGUCUGGCUGAGUUCAGGACCAGGACUGACCUCGAAAUUAUCUCGCCCUCGAGCAUCCAUCUGUCCCAGUAUGAGGCCCAUCUGCGGGUCAGACCUGUCAAGCAGAUAUCCGCCAUUGUGCUGCUAUGUAUCCCACUUGAAAUGAAAAUUUUCACCUUGUUAGUGAUGGGCAUCAUUUUAUGCAAGAUCAAACUCAGAGAUGAUCCAGACUAAUCCAUUGUUGGAGACCGAGAACCUAAUUUUUUCCCUUCACACGCAGGAACCUCUCCUGCCCCAACCUCUCUGCGACUGAAUGCUUUUGCUGAUCUGAGCAGCGAUCAUUUGUUGCCAUUCCCUCCAAGGUGCAUGGGUGUGCGGCUGUGCCGUGACUUAAAUGUUCCCGUGUACAUUAGCCUUUGUUGCCACAUUGCUGGAAUUUUCUUUUACAUUAUGUUAAUAUAAUUUUAAAAUCCCUGUUAAUACAAAUGUGUAAUUAAUUAUGUUAGUAACUAUAAUCUAUAAAUUUUCUAAAUAAUAAAUGUACCACAACCUUUACUUUGAAACAUAUUUACAUUGUCAGUGUUUCAAGUCACAAUACUGUUACAAAUUGUAAAAAUAAACACCGAAUGGAAGCAAACAUGAGGAAAUCUGCAGAUGCUGGAAAUUCAAGCAACACACACAAAAUGCUAGUGGAACUUUGCAGGCCAGACAGCGUCUAUAGGAAGAAGCACAGUUGACAUUUCGGGUCAAGACCCUUCAUCAGGACAAUGGAAGUCUGUAUCUCAUUGUUAAUAAGCUAUCAGCCUUCUGAAUGUCGACAUUGUCUAAGUUUAAAAGUUUAUGAAAUGUGAAAUAUUUUCAUUGUUGUGCUAUA